CAGGACCCUGCAUUCACUCUAUCUGUGUUCCUAAACCCAGGACCCUGCAUUCACUAUAUCUGGUCUCCCCGGACCCUGCAUUCACUAUAUCUGGUCUCCCCGGACCCUGCAUUCACUAUAUCUGGUCUCCCAGGACCCUGCAUUCACUAUACCUGGUCUCCCCGGACCCUGCAUUCACUAUACCUGGUCUCCCCGGACCCUGCAUUCAUUAUACCUGGUCUCCCCGGACCCUGCAUUCAUUAUACCUGGUCUCCCCGGACCCUGCAUUCACUAUACCUGGUCUCCCCGGACCCUGCAUUCACUAUACCUGGUCUCCCCGGACCCUGCAUUCACUAUACCUGGUCUCCCAGAACCCUGUAUUCACUAUACCUGGUCUCCCCGGACCCUGCAUUCACUAUAUCUGGUAUCCCUGGACCCUGCAUUCACUAUAUCUGGUCUCCCAGGACCCUGCAUUCACUAUACCUGGUCUCCCCGGACCCUGCAUUCACUAUAUCUGGUAUCCCUGGACCCUGCAUUCGCUAUAUCCGGUCUUCCACAGUACAGAGAACAUGGAAAUGCAAUUAUUUCAGUAAAUAUAAACUGCUA